AUGCCGCGGACCGUGGCCGUCGUGGGCGGCGGCAUCAGCGGCCUGGCCGCCUGUUACCACCUGGUGCGCGCCCCCCACCCGCCCAAGGUGGUGUUGCUGGAGGCCAGUGGCCGUUUUGGGGGGUGGCUACAGAGCUCCAGGACCCCCGAGGGCGCCGUGUUCGAGCACGGCCCCAGGGGCGUCCGCCCGGCGGGGGCGGCGGGGGCCGAGACCCUGCACAUGGUGUCGGAGCUGGGGCUGGCCGGUGACAUCCUGGCUGUCCCCAAGGGCCACCCGGCGGCUCGGAACCGCUUCCUGUACCUGGGGGGGACCCUGCACCCCCUGCCCUCGGGGCUGGGGGGCCUGCUCCGGGCUGUCCCCCCGUUCUCCCGGGCCCUGUUCUGGAGCGCUCUGCGGGAUUUGCUGACCCCGGCGGGGACGGGGCCGGACGAGAGCGCCCACGCCUUCGCCCGGCGCCGCUUCGGCCCCGAGGUGGCCGAGCUGGCAGUGGACAGUCUGUGUCGGGGGGUGUUUGCCGGGGACAGCCGAGCCCUGAGCGCGCGCUCCUGCUUCCCCGCGCUCUUCCGGGCCGAGCGGCGCCGCGGCUCCGUCCUGCUGGGCAUGGCCCUGGGACACGGUGAGCGCAGGGCGGGCCCGGAGGUGGCCCUGGCGCGGCGAGCGCGGGCCGAGCGCUGGAGCCAGUGGUCCCUGCGGGGGGGGAUGGAGUCCCUGGCCACCGCCUUGGUGGCCUUCGUGUCCCCCCGCGGCGCCGAGCUGCGCUGCCACGCGCCCCUGAGACACCUGUGCCACCGCCGAGGCCGCUGGCAGCUCACUUUACCUGACCGCACCAUCACGGCCGAUCACGUGAUCAGCGCCCUGCCGGCCUCAGCGCUGGCCCAGGCGCUGUCCCCCGAGGCGGAGCCGCUGGCUCGGGAGCUCCGCGCCAUCCGGGCCGCCUCGGUGGCCGUGGUCAACCUGCAGUACGAGGGGGCCACUCUGCCCGUCACGGGUUUUGGUCACCUGGUGCCAUCCUCGGAGGACCCCGCGCUCUUGGGCAUCGUUUAUGACUCGGUGGCGUUCCCGGAGCUCGACGGGACCCCCGGGACCACCGGGACCCCCUCGCUGAGACUGACGGUGAUGCUGGGCGGGGCCUGGUUCCGGGACAUUUUUGGGGACCCCUCUGCCGUGGCUCCGGAGCUGCUGCUGCGCCGGGCCCGGGAGGCCGUGAGGGAGCACCUGGGGCUGCCCGGGACCCCCACCCGGGCCAUGGUCAGGGUGCAGCAGGACUGCAUCCCCCAGUACACGCUGGGACACUGGGAGCGCCUGGAGCGGAUCCAGCGGUUCCUGGAGGAGCAGGAGCUGCCCCUGAGCCUCAUCGGUGCCUCCUACUCGGGGGUCUCGGUCAACGACUGCAUCUCCAGCGCCAAGGCGGCCGUGGGGAGGAUUUUGGGGUUCCCCCCCUGAACC